AUGGGCGUCGCUAUCUUCAAGAAGCUGGAAGUGAAGGGUGGCACUGUGCCUACGAAGACUGAGGAAAAGCACGAUGAACAGUACCAAGUGUUGCUGGUUGACACUGAGUCCCAAACUGACUCGAUCAGUGACAAUCCUUUCUCUGAUCCUGCUAUAGCCAAGUACUAUGGUGAUUUAUACGAGAGAGUGAGAUAUGAGAGUCGCCUGGCUUUUGAUCCCGAGUUUGAAUGGGAGCCAGAGGAGGAGAAGAAGGUCCUCAGGAUUUUGGAUUGGAGAGUUGCACUCAGUGCGUGUAUUAUGUUUAUCGGUUUGCAAAUUGACAGAGGUAACUUAGCACAAGCUGUGGUUGAUGACUUGUUGCCGGAGUUGGGAAUGGAUACCAACGAUUAUAACUUGGGUAAUACAAUCUUCCUUAUUGCGUUCUUGUUGGCAGAAUUGCCAUCGCAGAUUAUCUCCAAGAAGCUUGGUCCCGAUAUCUUUAUUCCUAUUCAGAUGAUUUCCUGGUCUAUUGUCGCUGCUUGUCAGGGUGCAUUGCAAAACAGAGCUGGCUUUUUAGUUUGCAGAGCCCUCAUUGGUGCUUUAGAAGGUGGUUUCAUUGCUGAUUUGGUCUUGUGGCUCUCUUACUUCUAUAAAUCAAAUGAGUUGCCUAUUCGUUUGUCUUGGUUUUGGACAUCGCUUUCUCUUUGUCAAGUUUUCACAUCCCUUUUGGCAUUUGGUGUUUUGCGUAUGAGAGGUGUUGCUGGUUUGUCUGGUUGGAGAUGGCUUUUCAUUAUCGAGGGACUCUUUACUUUGGGUAUUGGUAUAACUGCCUUCUACCUUAUGGUUCCUUCUGCUGUUCAAACCAAGAACUGGUUGCACCCUAAGGGCUGGUUUACAGACAGACAAGUGAAAAUUGUGGUUAAUAGAGUUUUGAGAGACGACCCAUCCAAGGGUGACAUGCACAACAGACAAGGUUUGUCCUUAAAGAUGAUCGCCAAAGCCGCAUGGGACUAUGAUUUGUGGCCUAUUUAUGCUAUCGGUUUCAUUGCAUACAUUCCAAACGGUACAAUCGGGCCGUACAUGACUCUUUCGAUGAAGUCGCUUGGUUUCAGUCGAUUCGACACCAAUUUGCUUACAAUCCCGUCUUCGGUGAUUCAUAUUAUAACAUUGAUUGGAAUUACAUGGCUAUCUGAGGUAUUCAACGAACGUGCUUUAACAUGCUUAGCUCUCCCGAUACUAUCUGUUCCAUUCUUAGCUGCAAUCAGGUGGUGGCCGGGAAGUGGAGAAGACCCUUGGGUAACAUGGUUCUUGGUAACUAUGGUUUUGGGUGCCCCAUACAUUCAUGCCAUUUGUGUUUCUUGGGUUUCCAGAAACUCUAAUUCUAUUAGAUCAAGAUCGGUCUGUUCUGCCUUGUACAAUAUGGCCGUGCAAGUUGGUGGUAUUGGUGCUCACAACAUCUACAGAGAAGAUGACAGACCCAAGUACAAGAGAGGUAACACUCAGCUUUUCAUUAUUGCGAUUUGUUUGGUUCCAUUAUUGCUUUUCGUGAAAGUAUACUACGUCUACAGUAACAAAAAGAGAGACGAGAAAUGGAAUGCCAUGACUGCUGAAGAGCAAGAAGAUUAUCUCAGCGCUACAACUGACGAGGGCAACAAGCGUCUUGAUUUCAGAUUUGACCAUUAA